UCUCGCGGUCCGAGAGUUUAAGCUUUCUUCGUCUCCCUUCUCCGGCGAUAGUCGGAAUCUCACCGGCGGAUAUUCUUCGGAGACGCCGUUGAAAUCGAUUAACGAUGGGAACUGGAGGAGAUGCCGGUGGAACAGCAGCAAGGAGGCGGGGGUGUUCGUGCACGAAAGAUGAUUUCCUACCAGAGGAAUCCUUCCAGAGUUGGGAGAAUUACGGGCGCGCGCUGAGGGAAACGGGGAUGCGCCUGCGAGAUCGGGUCUUAACGAGAUCAUUGGAGAAGAGCGAGCUUACAGAGGUGAGGGCACGAAGCGGGCACGAGAUGAAGAAGAAUCUUUCUUGGUGGGAUCUCAUCUGGUUCGGAAUCGGCGCUGUCAUCGGAGCCGGGAUCUUCGUUCUCACCGGCCAGGAAGCCAAGGAGGAGGCUGGUCCUGCCGUGAUUCUAUCAUUCGCUGUCUCCGGCGUUUCCGCCAUGCUUUCCGUCUUCUGUUACACCGAGUUCGCUGUCGAGAUUCCCGUUGCAGGGGGCUCCUUCGCUUACCUUCGGGUGGAGCUGGGCGACUUCAUGGCCUUCAUCGCCGCCGGCAACAUCCUCCUCGAAUACGUCAUCGGUGGCGCAGCCGUUGCCCGUUCAUGGACCUCAUACUUCGCCACCCUUCUCAACCACCACCCCAACGACUUCCGCAUCCACGCCACCUCCCUCUCCGCCGACUACUCCCGCCUCGACCCCAUCGCCUGCGUCGUAAUCGCCGUCGUCUGCAUCGUCGCCGUCGUCUCCACCAAAGGCACAUCCCGGUUCAACUACAUCGCCUCCAUCGUCCACCUCGCCAUCAUCCUCUUCAUAAUCAUCGCCGGACUCACCAAGGCCAACACCCACAACCUCACCCCCUUCACCCCCUUCGGCACCCGCGGGAUCUUCUCCGCCUCCGCCGUCCUCUUCUUCGCCUAUGUCGGCUUCGACGCCGUCUCCACCAUGGCGGAAGAGACUAAGAACCCGGCCAAGGACAUACCCAUUGGACUCGUCGGCGCCAUGUCGAUCACCACCGCCUGUUACUGCCUCCUAGCUUUGGUUCUCUGUUUGAUGCAGCCGUACACCAAAAUCGACCCCGACGCUCCCUUCUCGGUGGCGUUCUCCAAUGUCGGCAUGGAUUGGGCUAAGUACAUUGUGGCCUUCGGCGCGCUCAAAGGCAUGACCACCGUCCUCCUCGUCUCCGCCGUGGGUCAAGCGAGGUACCUCACACACAUCGCUCGCACCCACAUGGUCCCUCCAUGGCUGGCCAACGUCCACCCACGCACUGGCACCCCCAUCAACGCCACCAUCGUCAUGCUCAUCGCCACUGCCGUGAUCGCCUUCUUCACCAGCCUCGGCAUCCUCUCCAACCUCCUCUCCAUCUCCACCCUCUUCAUCUUCAUGCUCGUCGCCGUCGCUCUCCUCGUCCGCCGCUACUACGUCUCCGGCGAAACCACCUCCGCCAACCGCAACAAGCUCAUCGCCUACCUUCUCCUCAUACUCUCCUCCUCCGUCGCCACAGCUCUGUACUGGGCGUUGAGCAAGAAGGGUUGGGUGGGUUACUUGGUCACAGUGCCGGUUUGGUUUUUAUCCACUCUGGGGCUGCACUUGACGGUGCCGCAGGCGAGGAAGCCGAGGUUGUGGGGAGUGCCGUUAGUGCCAUGGCUUCCGUCAGCGUCGAUCGUUAUAAACAUAUUUCUGUUGGGAUCUAUUGACGGGCUUUCGUUCGCGAGGUUUGGGGUGUGGACGGUGCUGUUGCUGGUUUAUUAUUUCUUUUUGGGGCUCCACGCUUCCUAUGAUACUGCUAAGGCUGCAGAUUUGAGCAGGGAGGCAACGAAGAUAGAGGAGGGAAACGGCGGUGCGGCCAUGGAAGGCCACCCCGCCGGAGCAUGAUUGCGGGGCUUUAGUAACUGUAAUUAUGAUUAAUGUAAGGAAGAUGGAAGCGCGUUGUGGUUGGCUGAUUAUUAUUUAUGAAAUGGAUGAAAUGGGCAAGUUUUAUAUUAUUGUUGUUGGGAAAUGUUGGUGCUUGAAUUUAAUAUAAAGAAAGAAAUUUGUUUAAAAAUUAA